AUGGCUUGGGCCGUAUCGUGCGACUUGAAGCUGGACCGCGGGAUGACUGGCUACUGCUACGGUGCUCCCCCUGCGUUCUACCUCGCGUACAGCAACACGAGCCACGUCACAGUCGCGUCGCACCCGAGCCGGCUUCAAGUACCUGGCGAUCUCGAGAGCAACCCGAAGGUGAAGGCGGGAAAAGAAGGAUCCUUUGAGGCGAUGAUCAAGUUGUACAAGAAGCAUCUUUGA